UCAAUGGAGAGAACACACCUCUCUCCCUACACCAACCAUCCCCAAACCACCACAAAACAACCAAUCAGCCACACAUAUUCCGAUCCCGGUGGCGGCGAGACCGUCCCCGACAACGAUAAAUGGGCUUCAAACCUUCUCUUAGAGUGUGCUCAAUCUAUCUCCUAUAAAGAUUCCGGCAAGAUCAACCACCUUUUAUGGAUGUUAAAUGAGCUAUCUUCACCCUAUGGUGAUUGUGAUCAAAAACUUGCUUAUUACUUCUUGCAAGCACUCUUUUGCAAAGCUACUGAAUCGGGUAAUCGAUGCUACAAGUCUUUAAUUUCGGUUGCGGAUAAAAGCCAUUGCUUUGAUUCCGCAAGAAAACUAAUACUUAAGUUCCAAGAGGUGUCCCCUUGGACUACUUUUGGUCAUGUUGCAUCAAAUGGUGCUAUUUUGGAAGCUUUUGAUGGUGAAAACAAACUUCAUAUAAUAGAUAUUAGCAACACACUUUGCACCCAAUGGCCUACUUUGCUUGAAGCUUUGGCCACAAGAAGUAAUGACACACCUAGCUUGAAGUUAACCGUGGUUGUUACAUCAACUAUGGCGCGAUCCGUCAUGAAAGAAAUCACUCAAAGAAUGGAGAAAUUCGCGCGUUUGAUGGGCGUUCCGUUUGAGUUUAACUUGAUUAAUGGAUCAAACAAGAGAUUAUGGCAACUUACUAAAGAAGAGUUGAAUGUGCAAGAGGGUGAAGCUAUUGCUGUGAAUUGUAUUGGAGCUUUAAGAAGAGUUGAAGUUGAAGAUAGGGGAGAUGUGAUUCGGCUUUUUAGCUCGUUAAAUCCUCGAAUAGUGACCGUAGUUGAAGAAGAAGCCGAUUUCACAAGCUCAAGAAGUGAUUUUGUCAAGUGUUUUGAAGAGUGUUUAAGGUACUACACUUUGUACUUUGAGAUGUUGGAAGAAAGCUUUACUCCCACGAGUAACGAAAGGUUGAUGUUGGAACGAGAGUGUUCGAGGGGCAUUGUUCGGGUUUUGACAUGUGAUGAUGAACAAAAUAUCGAUUCGGGUGAUUGUGAAAGAAGGGAGAAAGGAAACCAAUGGUGUGAGAGGCUCAAAGAGCAUUUUUCACUUGUAGGUUUUAGUGAUGAUGUCGUGGACGAUGUAAAAGCGUUGCUGAAAAGGUACCGAACCGGAUGGUCUCUUGCACACGAUCAAACCGACUCGAAUGCAGAUUCAGGAAUGAUGUUAGCCUGGAAAGAUGAACCGGUUGUUUGGGCUUCAGCUUGGAAACCCUAAUCAAGAAAGAACUCAAGUUGCAUGCAUAUGCAUGCACUUUUAUAUUUGAAGUUUAUAUAUAACUUUAGUACAUCUUGUUGCCUGAUUUUGUUGUGUUUAAGUUAGUGACCACAUGAUAGAAGCUAUCAUGAGGUACAUAUAAGCAUGUUAGUAUAAAAAUUCCAUGCAUGUGGAGUUUUUAUAUAAGCAAAACCCUAAUUUUUUAAUUCACUAAAAGUACUCCCAUAAUUCCUAGAGUGGGAGGUUCCUGAAUGAUGUUUUUUUUAGCUUUGUACUAAAGUGCUUUGUACUUUAAAUUGUUUAUGUUUGUUGGUGUGUU